UGUUAGCGAAGACGUUUACGUAAAUGAAAACCAAAACGAUCUGUGUAAACGGUGUUUUAUUUAUGUGUAUCUUCUAUCUUGUAUUCAGUAAUUCUGGCUAGCGGCAACUUGCGUGUGUGAAUAGAUAAAUAAAUAGACUUACACAGUAAGAAGAUGCAAUUCUUAUACUUCGUGAUUACGUUCUGAAUUUUUCUUGUAACUAGAUUCAGUCAACAUUAUCCAUAUGUUGCUACUAUUUCUGUGAUCUAAUAUCCAAAUCGAAGCCCCAAACUUAUAUUUUAAACAGCCAGUUGAAAUAAUGGAGUGUGAAGACGAUGACGAACUUAUGUGCGGAACAGGAAAAUCAAAAAGUCAUGAAACUGAGUUGAAUGGAAUCAAUAAAGUGAUAGCAGAGACUGUUGCCAAUAAAAACGAAAAUAACGCAGCACAGGCAAUAUCUACUGAAAAUAAGGACGACAGGGUUCACAUUACAGAAAAGUCACAUUAUUCUCUGAAGACAGAUGAUAGUAAGGUGGGCGAAAUGUGGCCGCAGCCUUCAGAAAUGGUUACAAAUGACAGUCCGCAACAGGUAGAACCAUCUGAGGAGUCGAAUUUGAUGAAAAGUGGGCUGGAUUCAAAGGAUCAAGGAACAACAACUUCUAUUGGCGAGUUUACUCAGUCAAAAAGAGGAAUUUCAGAAGGCCAAGAGGAUGGUGAUAGACUUUCAAAUAAUGAAUCGAAGUACAGUUUGGAUACAGACUCUAGUAAACGUCAAAAAACAGAUGAAAAUAUAAAUGGGUCCCGAGAAGCUAAUUCUAGGAAUGAGGUUCCAACACAAUUUCACAAGCUGAAGUCAAAAGUCAGGAAACGAAACUAUCGUGUCAAACAGAAUGUACAGGAUGAGGCUCACGAUAGUUCGGAUGAUGUACUCACUGGUGAAUCAACUGGUGAAGAGACGGAAGCCAUUGAUGGGGAUGUUGCCCAAAGUGAAUAUGAUCUACCGUCAACUGUGAAUGAAGAGUCAAAUUUGAGUUCACAUCUGGAUAUUGCCGAAGACACCAAUGAUGAAUCGGAAGAAAAUAGUGAAGGGCAGGAGGAUGAUCAUACCGGCGAUGACAACUCCAAUGAAUGGACGUCAGCCAGUGAGUCGAUGAGCUCUAAUGAGCCAGUCCACCCAGUUCUGUCUAAAGAAAAACCAAAACCCCAGUGGUUUAUUGUUCCCGAACUGAUCAACCGGCAACUUGGUUGCAACAGACUGUUCCAGAGCAGAUUCUAUGGCUCGCUUCAUACUGUAGAACGACUAGAACUUAUGUACAAACUAAAGGAACACAAGGGCUGUGUCAAUACGUUAAGUUUUAACCAAAGAGGGAAUUAUUUGGCUAGUGGUUCUGACGAUUUGAUGGUAGUUAUAUGGGAUUGGCCAUUAGGAAAGAAACAUGAAUCGUUUAAAACUGGUCAUACAAGUAAUGUAUUUCAGGCAUCGUGGUUGCCUUUGCCAUCUGAACAUUUGAUGGUAACGUGUGCACGUGAUGGACAUGUCAGAUUAACGGAUCUCCAUAAAUCAUCGGUAGACUAUUCGCGGCGACUUGCAGCUCACCAAGGCCCAGCUACAAAGCUCUCGAUUCAUCCUGAAAUACCACACGUAAUACUUUCUGUUGGUGAAGAUGCCAAAGUAUUCGCAAUUGAUAUACGCCAGAACAAACCUACAACACUCUUGACAGUGAAGGAAGGCCAAUCGCAAGUCGCGUUAUACAGCAUCAAUUCGAAUCCAUUCAAUAGUAACGAAUUUUGCCUAGGUGGACGAGAUCAAUAUGUGCGUUUAUAUGAUAAACGGAAAGUUUCUACACCCUUGUACAAGCUUUGCCCGAAACAUUUGAAAAAUAACAAAAGUCAUGCCCAUGUCACUUCAGUGAAAUACAACUAUAACGGAUCAGAAAUCGUAGCAUCCUAUAAUGAUGAAGAUAUAUACUUGUUUGAUACUCUUUUCCCAUUUUCAAUUGGAGAUUUUGCUCACAGAUAUCAGGGCCAUCGAAAUAAUGCAACGGUAAAAGGAGUGAAUUUCUUUGGGCCGAAAAGUGAAUUUGUUAUCUCAGGUUCUGAUUGUGGUAACAUUUUUAUUUGGGAGAAGAAUACUGAGGCGAUUGUGCAGUGGAUGACUGGAGAUGAGAAUGGCGUGGUGAAUCGGCUAGAACCACAUCCGCACAUUCCAGUUCUAGCUACUAGUGGAUUAGACUAUGAUGUUAAAGUGUGGGUCCCAUCAUGCGAGAAACCACCAGUUAUGAAGGAUUUGGAAACGUGCAUCAAGUAUAACAUGAGGAGCAGAGAGCGAGACAUGUCCAGGGAUCCAGAUGCAUUUGAUGGACAGUUGCUCUGGUUUUUAUGGAGACACGUUAGAGAAAGUGAAGAACCAAGAGUCCGUGCUCGGGGGUCAGGUCGAGGGUCUGGUGAUGCGCAAGACGGUGAAGAUGCUGGUACAUCCAGUGACAAUACGUCAAGUCACAGUAACAGCGCAUCAGAAGACGAGAGUGAUGAGAGGCCGCAGUGUUCUCCGUCUUAAAUUCAAUGCCAUGUUUUCUUCAAUCUUAUAUUCUAGCUGCAUUGCGAUGUGUAUUUACAUUGCAUUGGUAAAAAAUCAUCAAUGGAUUUUAUUUUUUGUGCAUCCAAAGACUGAACCGUUGUUGUAUACAAUGGGUACUAUGAUGUGUAACAAAUAUGGACUGGAUCACAGUUUACGGUUGGUUGGUAUUUUAAGUUGUUCUUUAUUCAUAAGUGUAUUCAAAUAAUAAGUUUAAUAGAAAGUUAGUCUUACCAUGAAUCUAUUUCUUCAACACUUACAUAAAUUCAGGCAUUUGUUAACAAUGAUAAAAGUCAACAAUUACUAAAUAUUUCUGUUCGUGCCAAAAUUAUUUGAAACAAUCUGGAGUCGUAUAUAGGUACAAUCACAAUGCAUUGAAAACUGUCGUGUAUAAAUUUAAGGAAAAUACAUUUCUCGAAAGCUGGUUUUUACUGUCAUUUGUCAAGAGUUUUCAUUUGAAAGUGCAUGUUAUAGGAAUGUACAUAAUGCGGUAGAGUAGAUUUUGAGUACACACUAAACGCAUAUCUAUGUAAUAGUAGUUUUCAAAUGUAUAUUUAUUUGUUUCUCUACAUUCGGAAAAGAACUUUGCGAGGGGGGGGUUAGUACAUACUCUCAUUGUUAUAUAAGGUUGAUUUACCACUAUAUGUAUUUUUUCUCCCUAAAAAUUGUGAUAAACAUGUUUUUAGGGUUUUGAUAUACAGAAAAGUUGAAUAAAGGGUUGUUUUCAAUAACCGAAUACGUUGUAAUUGUAUUAGUAACCAAGUUUAUACAUUUGCGACUUUUUCUACCAUCUUACGGGAACGUACUUACCCAUGAGCUAAAAAAAAUUUAAGAUGAAUAUGUAUCUGAAACUUUCAACGAAUUUAAGUCUCGCCAUUCUUGACUUGGAAACUUUUAUAUGAAGACUAAUUAAAUCUCACUUUCCUCAGUCACAGACUUGGAUCGCCAAGCCGAAAAAGGAUGACAUAAUAUAAUAAAUCGGUAUACAUUAUUAUUAAUAGUGACACAUGUAUAAUAAACAAUAUUCUACCAUAAGUAACAAACUAGGACUUGUUAAUAUUAUACUAUGUAUCAAUGUACUAAGUUUUUUUUUUCAUAUAGUUGUUGUAUUCAACUAGUGCGAUUUUAUAUCAAAACAUUGGAAUCUGUAAGCUUACACAAUAAUGGUGCUUCAAAUUUUAGUGUCACAUUCUAUCUGAGAUUUUUUUGUGAACUCUUUCCACGUUGAUCGUGUUUUUGCUCACACACCGGCUAGUCUUGUGUUGUACCCGUUCAACAAAUUUUUAGAAUAUUCCAAUUGAUUGAGCAAGUCCUGCAUACAUGUGCAGAGUAGUCGCCCCCAUGAACAAAGUUGUAACAGCUUUGAUGAAAAGAGAUGACCAGGGUCCAGCCAGCAGAA